UCAGCAGGGCAGUACCCACCGGGCGGCCAUCAUCGAAGUGUUCCCCAGAUCAAACUACCAAUGUUUAGCGGGAAGGCAACUGAAUGGCCACAAUGGAUCGGGCUGUUUAAAACGCUCAUACACGACCAGCAGUGUUUGUCCGACGCAGAAAAACUCGCCCAUCUUCAGUCUUCUGUCACGGGGCUGGCCAAGCAGACAGUCGAAGGAAUGCUGUAUGAUGGUGCGCUGUAUCCUGUAGCCUUAGAAACGCUCAUGGAGAGAUUUGGAAAGGAACAGGACAUCGUAAAUGCCAAUCUUUCUGCCGUCUUCUGCACACCACCCAUGAAAGAGCUGGACCCGACGGCGCUGGAAAGAUUCCAUGCUGUCGUCCGCUGCGCGGUCAAAGUUCUUGAAACUAUGGGGUUCGAAGGUGACCUCAACAGCACCGAAAACCUUCGUCGGGUCGUGCUGAAACUACCGAACGAGCUGAAAAGAGAAUGGGGGCGUCAAAUCGUGGAAAUGGAGCCAAAACGACCUGGUCUAAGGGACUUCGACAGCUGGCUGAGCCAACAAGUUCGCAUCGUCACGGCCCUCCCAGCCAAGCCCACGGACUACGACAGAACGACUCGCUACAAGAGUGACCGCUCCAAGAGCCUCCUAAGAACACCUUCAGCUCCAGCAACCUUGACCACGGCACCGAAGGCCAGCAUAAAGCGCGCCAGACCUCCGCACGAGCAGGACGCGCCACACUGUAGCUGCGGAGAGUCACACGAGCUGUCCGUGUGCCCUUCGUUUCUGCAGCUGUCAAAAGGAGAACGAGCAAAGUUUAUCGGUGAAAGUGCUCGCUGCUUUCUGUGCCUGAAACUAGGACAUCGGUCGCGACACUGUCCAUCGGUAGAGACAAGUGCGCAUCCAGCAGAGCGAUCGACCAGCCCUCAGCUUUCUCUGGAGGGACUUGGAGUGUGGCCGACCUCCAGACACAUACGAAAUGAAUGUCGCCAUUUUUGGCGCAAAGUGCUCUCCUGCGAUCGCCCCCUACGCGUUACGAAAGGUGAUUGAAAGUCAAGUAGAAGUCGGACUCAACAAGCACUCAGCAUCUGACAUUGCAAAGCAGUUCUACAUGGACGACUACGUGGCCUCAGCAGAAAGUCCUAAGAGUGCUGCCGACCUACUUCACACCGUCACCAAGCUCGUCUCCACAGGCGGGUUCACCCUGCGAAAAUGGACAAGCAACUCAAGAGAGGUGAUGGAAUCUGUUCAGCCGACCGAUAGGGCUCGUUCCGAAUUGGACGC